GAGCGGUGUGAGCGAGCACUGUUUACUCGGGGGAUUCGAAGUGAACACACGUGCAGACAAACCGGCAUCAAAAUGGUUAAAGUUGACAUCAAAUACACUAAGUUGUUCAUCAACAAUGAGUGGGUGGACGCCGUGAGCAAGAAAACCUUCCCAACCAUCAACCCUCAAGAUGAGACUGUCAUCACAGAGGUUGCUGAAGGUGACAAAGCUGACGUCGACCUAGCCGUAGCUGCGGCCAAGAAGGCUUUCCACCGUUAUUCGGAAUGGCGCACCCUCGAUGCCUCCCAAAGAGGCCGAUUGCUCCUCAAGCUGGCUGACCUUCUUGAAAGAGAUGCCAAAUACUUGGCUGACCUGGAAACCCUGGACUGUGGCAAGCCAGUAAAGCAGGCAGAAGGUGAAGCCAUCUGGGCCGCUAGCAUCCUCAGAUACUACGCCGGAAAAGCCGACAAAAUUCUUGGAAACACCAUCCCCGCUGACGGUGAAGUGAUGACCUUUACCCUGAAGGAGCCCGUGGGUGUAUGUGGACAAAUCCUUCCAUGGAACUACCCCAUCCCCAUGUUCGUUUGGAAAAUCGCUCCCGCUUUUGCUGCCGGCUGCACUGUGGUUGUCAAGCCCGCUGAACAGACGCCUCUUACCGCCCUUGCGGUAGCUGCCCUCGUUAAGGAAGCUGGUUUCCCUGCCGGAGUCCUCAACGUCAUUCCUGGUUACGGUCCCACAGCUGGUGCUGCUUUGACCCAUCACCCUGAUGUCGACAAAGUUGCUUUCACAGGCUCCACUGAGGUGGGUAAGAUCAUCUUGAGCGCUGCUCCUGCUGUCAACCUUAAGAGAGUUACUCUUGAACUCGGUGGCAAGAGCGCUCUGGUCGUGUUCAACGAUGCUGACGUUGACAAGGCUGCCGAAAUUGCACACAGAGCCGCGUUCGCCAAUGCUGGCCAGUGCUGCGUAGCCGGCACCAGGACUUACGUCCAGUCUGGCAUCUACGACAAAUUUGUUGCCAAGGCCGCAGAAAUCGCCAAGAAGAGGACUGUUGGUAACCCCUACGAAGAUGUCCAACAAGGACCCCAGAUUGACACUGAGAUGUUCACCAAAGUCAUGGGUUACAUCGACGCUGGUAAGAAGGGUGGUGCUCGCUGCGUCGCCGGCGGUAACCGCAAGGGUAACGUUGGGUUCUUCGUAGAGCCUACCGUCUUUGCUGACGUCAAGGAUGACAUGAAGAUUGCCAGGGAAGAGAUCUUCGGACCGGUCCAGAGCAUCCUCAAGUUCGAGACCUUCGAAGAGGUCGUUGACCGCGCUAACAACUCCAACUACGGUCUUGGCGCUGGCGUCAUCACCAACGACAUCACCACCGCCCUGGCUUUCGUCAAGCACGUGCGCGCUGGUUCCAUGUGGGUCAACACAUACGAGCACGUGACCCCUCAAACUCCAUUCGGAGGAUUCAAGGAAUCUGGAAUCGGACGCGAAUUGGGUGAGGAAGGUAUCCUGCAAUACCUGGAAAACAAGACCGUGUCAUUCAGCCUUCCCAAGGUGCCCCAGCUGUAAGCUGGCAUAAGAACUGAACCAAAUAUCAAAACUCCCAAAAAUGAGACUUAUAUCUGUUAAAAAAA